AACAAACAAACAUCAUAUUCUUCUCCCGUGAAAUCAAUCUCCCCUCACUUCUCCUUCCCCUCUCUCUCUCUUCUCUCUCCCUCUUUCUGGGUUAAUCGAUUCAACCAAUCCUUCUUCUUUCGCGCUUUCCAUCUCUCUCUCUCUCCCCUCUGUUCGCAGUUCUGCAAUUUCUAGGGAUUUGAUUUCUGUGGGAGAGAGAGAGAGAAAAAUGUCGAAGAAGAAGACUUUCAGCGGCAGCACCAUGACCCUCAAGGAUUUUCAUGGCGGUUCCAUCCCUUCUGACCUUCCUCUUCCUUCUGCUCCUGGCGUGAUUCCGAGGCCGACAGAUAGAUCGGGUUUUGAUCGACAAAGUUCUUGGGGAAACUCAAUGGGGGGACGAUCUGACCACCGAUUGCGCCCGAGCUCAUCAGGUUCUAUGAGGAAUUUGGAUGAAAAUAAGAUCCCUUUUCUUACUAGUACUGCUAACAUAGGUAGGAAUUUCGAUGAAGAUGAGCGGAAGCCGCUUGAUGGCGGUGCUUCCGCUCCUCGUAGGAUUGUCAGUGAUGAUAGUAGUAUUGGGGUUUCGGUUGUACGGUCUGAGCCGAGAGGUGAUGGUGGGAAGUUCUCUGGGCAGCCAAGCUUGGGGCCUGUGGCAGCUCAUAUGGGGGGAGGUAGUGGGAGUUCUUACUCAGCUAGGGUUGUUGACGGAGGGCAUUCUGGUGUGGGUAUUAAUUCUCGGCCUAAUGCAUGGGGUGUAAAGAAAGAGGUGCGUGGUAGUGAGGUUGGGUCAUCUCCGUGGAGUGGGCAGAGCGCGGUUUCCAAGUUUGCGCAAGCGAGUGCACUAGACCAGAUAUCUUCGGGGAGAUGGCAGACUAAGCCAGUGCAACAUCAGGCGGAUGUAGAGGUCAUCAGGCAAUCGGAUUCACCAAAUAGUUUGUAUGGGAGGGAGGGUGAUUUUUAUGGUGGUGGUGUGAACUUUGCAAGUGAAAGAGAGUACUACGAGACUACAUUGGUUUCCAAGUUUGCGCAAGCUAGUGCACUAGACCAGAUAUCUUCCGGAAGAUGGCAGACUAAGCCAGUGCAGCAUCAGGUGGAUGUAGAGGUCAUUAGGCAAUCAGAUUCACCAAAUAGUUUGUAUGGGAGGGAGGGUGAUUCUUAUGGGGGUAGUGGGAACUUUGCAAGUGAAAGAGAGUACUAUGAGAAUACAUUGGCAAGGCAUGUGGAGAGUAGUCUUGUAAUCGAAGAAGGGACUCAUGGUGGUUUUAAGGAGGUGUCUAGUGUUGAGAGGGUGCAUUCUCCUGUGCAGACUUCUGUGAUGUUUACUAACGAGGGUCAACCAGCUCACCCUGAUGGCAAAUAUGGAGGUCCUCUGUUGCAGCAUCCUCAGCCUCAGCCUCCAGAAAUCUCUGAAAGGCCCAAGUUGAAACUACUUCCAAGAACAAAGCCGCUGGAUGUCCAAGAGCCAUCUGCUGUUGAUUAUAGGCAGGGUUUUCAACAACCAAUUGACACUGCUCACUCAGAAGCUGGCAAAACCCAUGGCAAUACAAGUUACGUGAAACCUAGACCAAGUAGCAGUGAAGCGAAUCAUGGAAGACUUGACACUAGUGGCAAUGAAGCAGCAGGGAUUCAGGUUGUGGAGCGUCCAAAGUUGAGCUUGAAGCCACGUCCACAGCCAGCUGAAAAUGCAGUGGGAAGCAUUCAAAGAGAAAGGAAGGCAUUGUUUGGUGGAGCUCGGCCACGGGAAAUGAUUCUGAAGGAGCGUGGUGUUCAUGAUGUUGUCAACAGCCAUGAUGAAGUUCAAGGUCCAAGCAGGAUAAAAAACGAUUCCCCUCGUGCUGAAGUAGUAGCAGUAGCACCUGUACAUGCAAAUACCUCACGCCACGUUGAAAGGGUUGAUAAUAUUUCCAACGAACAGAGGACUGGAAGAGGCCACGAGAAGAGAGACCAAAGAGCAGAUGUUCAAAGAGGAGCUGAUAUGCAAAAAAAGAAGUGGCGUAAUGACAACUGGAGAAGUACUGAGAAGCCACAACAACAGGAGAGGCAACCUUCACCCGAGACUUGGCGCAAACCCGUUGAAAACUCUGGAUUGCGGUUUGGGAAGGCUGUUUCUGCUGUUGACCUUGCACAAGCUUUUUCAAGAUCAGUUUCAAGUCCCAAACCCGUCGAUCAAUUUUCUGGUCAAAGGGUACUUCCUGGUCAAAAGGGACUUCCUGUUCGUACGCAGGUGCCUUUUUCAAGGCUUACAGGUUCAACAAGGUCUCAGAUCAAUGGUUACUGAUCAUUUUACGAUACUCUCUCUCUCUCUCGCUCGUUCGGGAGAGAGAGAGAGAGUGGUCAGGAGUUGGCCACACGUGCUGGAUCAGCAGAAGUUGCGAGGAACAUGAGCUUGGGAGGAAUAUGCCUGAAAGUUGGUGAAUAAUAAGGGAUUUUCAGCCAUCUUUGCCAAAAAAGAGCAAUUUGCUUGCACAUUUGUUGUCCGUUGUCUGGUAGAGGAUUUAGGUCUUGUGAGAGGGCAAGGAACUGAUGGCCGUGAAUGGGUGAUUGCUCCUUUUUUGGCAAAAUCAAAGCAGGAAUGAUAUUACAUGAUAAUCUGCCUCAUACCCAUUUGAUAGGAAUGAUAUUGGUUCAUUUAUGUUUCAGAUGAUUGCUUGGGUUUUAAAGACUUUGUUUUUAAGCAAUGUCUUUGAUGUAUUUGAAUGUAUGGAGAUCUAAUUUCAUUGGAUUUAUCUUGAA